AUGGGGCCCCUUGAGGAGAGUGUAGCAGCUCUGGGUCCACCAGCGCUCCCUGGAAAUAGGUGUCGUGAUUCUGGCCCAGGAUCUCCAGCUGCGGCUCCCUUUGGAGCCCAGAAGCUGAAGCAGCUGCACUGUGCCCCUGUGUGGAGGGUUCCGGCCAGUCAGAGCGGCGCCCUACAGUCCAGCCUGUCCCUUCCAUUGCAGUACCAAGCCACGGUGCCCGAGAACGAAGUGGGGGUGCUGGUUGCCAGGCUGAGUGUGUCGGACAGGGACAAGCAGGGCUCUCCGGCCUGGCAGGCGAAGUACAAGAUUGUGAGAGGGAACGAAGGGGGCUUUUUCACCAUAACCACGGAUCCCAACAACAACAACGGGGUCCUGGAGACUUCCCAGGGCCUGGAUUUUGAGGUGCAAAGACAGUUCAUCCUCAACGUUAUCGCAAUGAACGACAUUCCCUUCUCCGUGUCUCUCCCAACUUCCACAGCCACCGUUACUGUGAACGUUGAGGAUGUGAACAAAGCCCCAGUCUUCGAUCCACCUAUCAAAAGCCUGAGGCCAGCAGGAGAGGUUGCACUGGGAACUGGGCACAGAACACUCCUUAGGGACCCUGGUCCCGCUUGUUGUGGGAAUGGCUGACGGGCGAGGGAGGAGCUACAGUUACACUUAGGGAGC